UGUACAUGUAACAAUGGUAAGUGGCUGCACAAAAAGAGGUUGUCGCAAAUGUGAUGGUAUAGAGUGUCCUCAGCUAAGACGUGCCAAUCAGUAUACACCCCCUGGUCAAUGUUGCCCAGUAUGCAGACCAAUAGGGAAGCCAGACUGCAGUAGAGUACAUUGUCUACAUCGGUACUGUGUUGGCCAGUAUACUCCACCUGGAGAGUGUUGUCCAGUAUGUCCACGUAACACAUACUGAUGAAACAUUUCAGGAAAUGUACAAGCCUUCUUUCCACGUGUUACUUUCUAUUCUGAAGAAACUUUACGCCACCAAAACGCUACUUCUGUUUAUGCAUGUAAUAAAAUAGAGUUGCUGCUGUUAAUGCGAUCGGUCGUAAGAUUGUUAUUUUCCGUAGUAAAUCAAAAACUCUGAAGCCUGUCGAUGUGGCAGUAGUGAAUCGUGAUUCAUUGUCAAGUGAAGUUGUUACUGUGUUAAUAUAUCAUGCAUUCGUCAAGUACAUCUGUAUUUCAGUUUUAUUUAUUUCUCUCAGAUGAAAGUACAUGACCACAUUUUUUCUUGUUCCACAUUGUCAUGUGACAUGUUAAGUGUACGAGUGUAUAUGUUAUAGAGAAGUUGAAUCAUUACAUUCUUAAGUUAACCUUUUCUCCGUUUGAAUUUUUGUACAUUUAUAAAUAUGAAUCGUAAUGCAUAAAUUUGUGAAGGUGUAAAAAUGUAUAUUUCAGCUAUUAGUAAAUGGUUAAUAAAACUUGAAUCAUA